UGUUUUUGAAAGGUUAUGCUUUACAGCAAUAUGGAUUUCAGUGAACAGAUAGAAGAAAUUGGCUGUUGGAAGAAGGAAAAAGUGUUAGGAGCUGGAGGAUUUGGUUACGUUGUCCUAUGGAGGAAUAAGGAGACGAAUGACAUGCUGGCUCUGAAACAGUGUCGCUGGGGCAGUGAUGCAGCUAUGACUCCAAAGCACCGCAGCCGCUGGAAGUUGGAGGUGGACAUGAUGGGUCGCCUACAACACCCGAAUGUGGUACGUGCUGUGAGUGUACCCCCAGAGCUGGAUGUGCCACCUACAGAGUUACCUCUAUUGGCGAUGGAGUACUGCAAUGGUGGAGAUUUGAGGAAGAUGCUGAACAGACCAGAGAACUGUUGUGGCCUUCCAGAAUCGACAGUGCGUGCAUUACUCCGACAGAUUUCUUCUGCUGUUGAUUAUCUCCACUCAAUGCGCAUCAUCCACAGGGAUCUUAAGCCUGAGAACAUUGUCCUACAGGAUUGCAAUGAAAGGGUUAGUUUUAAGUUAAUAGACUUGGGAUAUGCAAAGGAAUUGGACACGGGAAGCCUGUGCACCUCUUUUGUUGGAACCCUACAGUACCUGGCUCCUGAAUUAUUCAUGUCUGAAAAAUACUCCUGUACUGUGGAUUUUUGGAGUCUGGGACUCUUAGCUCAUGAAGUGAUUACUGGCAUUAGGCCUUUCUUGCCUGACAAGUCUCCUGCAGAAUGGAUACCAAUAAUAAAAAAGAAGAGCUCUUCUCAAAUUCGAGCAUAUUUGGAUGAAGAUAAGAAUAUUGUAUUCUCCAAUGAAAUUUCUCUCUUGAUUUAUUUGUGUGACAUAUUUUAUUUUGAUCGUUUGCUCUAUUGCAGUGUAUUGAAAGGAGAUAUUGAGCGCUGGCUUCAGAUCAUGCUGGAGUGGGAUCCAAGAAAGAGGGGAAAGUGCAGAGACAUGACAACAUUUGAGUUUUUGGAACAAAUUCUCAACAAAAAGUGUAUGCAAGUAUUCUGUGUGGACACAUUUAGCCUUCUGAGUGUAUGCAUAGAUGAACUAAAUUCAGUGGAGGAUCUGCAAAGGCACUUGGAACUCCUGUCUGGAAUCCCAGUGAAUCGACAGGAGAUCAUUUUGCCCCAUGGAUGUGCCAUGACUCAUGAAGAAGGAAUCAAGCAAUUCCACACAAAUUCGUCAGAAAAGGAGACGAUAUUCUUUCUUUUUGGAGGAAACGAUUCUGUUCCCAGCAUGGUUAACUUUCCUCCUCCACUGGAACAUGUCAUGAGAACACCUUACAUCAAAAUGAGUUACUUGGAGCAACGAAAGCUCUGGCCACCCUGCAUCCAUUUCGUCCAUCAGCAGUGCGCCCUUUUCAAUUAUCUGGUGCAAGCGUUUAAAGUCAACCUGAUACAGUUGCUUGCGAAAGCUUCUGAGCUCCAUAAAAACGCAGCCAAUAUGAUAUUGGAAGUGAAUAAACUCUCAGCAAAAUGCUCGUUAUUUAGAAGAAGUUUGGAGCACGACCUCAAGUUCUCCAAGAGUCAAGUAAAUCUAUGUAGUGGUGUUCUUUCAGACAUGGUGUAUGGAUGGACUGAAAAUCUUUGUAAUUUGGAAAAAGUUGAACUGCUGCAAAAGAAAGCGAGCAUGUCAGAAGUGGAAUUCCUUAACAUCAACACUCAGAGUCUGGAACUUCAGCGAUCACCGUAUGCCAAAUCUAAACAAACCAAUGCUUUAGAAGAAAUAUAUUACAAGUUGCUGGAUGUUUUUUCAGAGCUAAAGAAGAGACCAAAAGAACAGAGGCAGGUCCCGCAAGACAAUACUGACAUGGUGAGACUUCUGCAUGUGUACUUGCAGCGGAGAAACUCUCUGGUCCUUGAUGCCAUGGGUUCUAUUAGGUCCACCAACCAUCUGAAGCGAAGAAUCACUGAAAUUAUUCCUCAGAUUUCCCAUCUUCAGCGAGAGAUAUCACAAUGGGAUUCUCAAAUUGAAGCUUGGCAAGAAAAACGCCAGCAAGAUAUCUGGAAGCUUAUCAAAAUACUGAAUAAUAGAACUCCUAAUCUAGAACAAUCCCAGUCUUUGUGCAGUACUGAUAUCCCCUCCCUGAAGACAUUCUCCACACUGAGCAGUGCAUCUCCUGGGAAACGCAUAUCGCCUCCUGUCAUUCCUGUGCCAGUUCGACAGAAUACACAGCGAGUGACACCCAGUUCCAUGUCAAGUUCCUUGUCUUCUCUGCAUUCCACAAACAGCCUGUCCUUAUCUUGUAUAUUGGACAGGGUCUCGGAAGAGAGUCGCUCUGUUAAGCAAGAAAAUGAUCAGUUGGUGGAGAGGUAG